CGCUUCGCUUCGUCCGCGCCAAUUAAGACGUAAUCAUUGUUUCGUCGUCUUGAUGGGAGACUGUGCAUUUAAUCACAAUAUUAUUAUAGAAUAGUGAAGAUGAUAUAUCGAUGUAUACUUCUGUUUGCUGUUCUCGCCCCGGCCUCGGCGACGGGGAUACAAAUGCUUUUCCCUGAUCAGAAGCAGUACAAUUACGUUGUCAAAACAAAUAUAUCAACGGGCGUCGCCCAUAGGAAUUCUUACUGGACUUUGGAGGGCAGACUAGUUGUACUUGUGGACGAUAAUUACUAUGCCACAGUUCAAUUUAAACUUGAGGAUUUGAAGACGUCUGUGUAUAGUUAUAACACCGGUUUUUCAUCGUAUCACACCCCCGAAGCGGCCAGGGAAUUGGAGGAGCCGUGGAAAAUUAUUUAUCAGGAGAACGGUUUCAUAAGUGCAAUCCAGCAUUUGCCGCACGAGAAAGUUUGGGUGACGAACAUAAAGCGAGCGAUAUCCGUCAAUUUCCAGCUGAAAAAGGACGCCGGUUCUUAUACCAAUGAAGAGCCGUGCCUGUACGAGAGUUGUGUUAUGGUGUAUUCCGUGCAAGGGAACACUAUCAAGAAGUAUAACUCCUAUCAGAAAGCGUCCAUGACCUCGCAGACCAGUUGGAGCUCGGUGCCGUGGAGUGGAGAUUACGGGAGGGGGGUGCCCGAGAACAUAGCGACCUCGCAACGAGUGUACGAUCUCGAUGAAAAGGGCCUCAAUUGUUUGAACAUGAAGGGUUUGUUCGAGUACAUAGUGGACGGGCAUGUGCUCACAGUUACAACUGAGCUAUCCCUCUAUCGUGAUUCGGAGUCGUCUUUGCCGGCAAAAAAAUAUGUAUUAGAAGGGGCCAAGGUCAGCAGCAUACAAUACAUAGCCGGUGGUUUCGAUGACCCUACGAACGGAAUAAAAAUUAUAUCUCAGGACGAGUUGAAGAACAAAACUUAUGAGAUUUUAUUUAAAAUAGCAACCAAAGGCAUAGACGCUGACAACAUAGUUAAAGAUGCGACGCUUAUACACAGCAUGGAUUUUAUUGAUCUGAUAAAUACAGUAACGAAACUCUCAUAUACAACACUAGUCAAACUCUUCGAAGACCUGGUCUUGGGUACUAGUUACGACUUGGAGACAGCAAGAAAUAUAUUUCUAGAAGUAAUUCCACACGGAAGAAGCAAUGCUUGCGCCAAAUUUAUAAAAUAUCUCGUUGUUAAGGAAAAGGAUAAUAUAGAAGAUGCUACAAUUCUCUCACUGAUCCGUAAGCUGCCGUUUAACAUAGCGAAUCACAGCCAGGCACUUCUUGAGGACAUGGAAACUAUCAGCAAGUUGGGUUUGGACUUCCCUCAAGAGAUACGACAUGCUGGAAUUCUGUCAUUUGCAAUAAUGGUGUCGCAUUGCGUGGAGGCGAUGAAGGUCAAACAGGACUAUUUUGACAGCAUUUUAGUCAAAUACUUUAGAAUGUACAGUGACUGCCCUCAAUAUCUGGAUCGUCUUAUUUGGCUCCAAGGUCUUUGUAGCUUGGGUUACACAUCAGAGUCUUACAUACGAACGAUAUACGCUGACAAAACUAGGAAUAGACAUGAAAGAUUGUGGGCAUCACUGGCUUGCGGACAGGAUACCAGAGGAUACAAUGUCUUAGAAACUUCUUUGCCAAUCUUAAUGGACGACAACGAGCACAUCCAACUACGCAUAUCAGCUCUCCACGCUAUUCUCAGCUCGGGGAUAAGAGAGAGCGACUUUCUUUUCCUCCACAACUGGAUGUCCACCAGCCGACCUGAACUCCAGAGGUUCUGGUACUCAACUGUUAAGAGCCUUGAAAGCAACAAAUUCCCUAAGUAUAGAACUAUUUCAGAUUACAUUCCUUUCGUCUCGAAGGACGUUGUUAACCCUGACUCAUCACUGUGGGGCACCAACAACUACAUCGUCAGUGGUGAUGAGCUUAGUGGCUGGGUACAGGUGAUGACUGUUGGAAACCCUGCCCCAACCCUUGCAGCGCUCUCCGUUUCUACUGGAGGACGACGGGCCUAUCAGGCUUCGGUGUACAUUAUAGCUGAAGGAGUGCAGUUUGAUAAAGUGAGGAAGUGGAAACAGAGUGAUCUCAAAGUGGAUAAUUUAUUAAAAAUCCUAGAAAGAUUGAAUGUGCGAAAUUUGAAGACAUCAGAAGAGGUUCACAUAGACGUUGUCAUUAAAAUCCAAGACAAAACAGUCUACGCAACUCACAUCAACCAGACGAGGUUCGAGUCUUGGAACGGAUAUGACUUGACGAAAUCGAUCACGGAGUUCCUGAGGUUCGGCAGUCACAUAAACCAGCAAAUAGCAUACUAUCCCAUUCAGAUAGACGUCAAUGUACCCAGCGAUUUAGGCACACCCAUCCGCCUUCAGUCGUCCGUGGUGACCUUCACUUCACUCCGCGGUAACCUCACCUCUAACCCGGACAGUGGACUCGCCCUGGAUUGGGUUAACGAUUUACAUAUACGCCAUCAAGCGACUAUAACAACAGCGCUAUCAACAAUCGCGCCGUUGCUGCAAUCAGAACACGAAGUACGCGUCCAGCGUUCCGCGGUAGCGCAUCUACCAAUCAAAUUUAACGUAACCAUGGAACAAUAUGCUAAGUCUAUAGCUUUAACCUGGUUGAACCCAUUCGCUCAACGUGCCGGCUUCGCCAUCCACUCUUGGAUCCAAGUACACAUGGACGCCAGGCAGCCUGAUCUGUACACAGUCUCCAGUGGAAUAACUACUGAUGAUGACAGUGGCAUCUUUUUUGACUGUGAGAGAAAGACUUCAGGUGCUGAGGUGGUUGAGAAAUAUAUAAUGUCCAAGUUCAUGAGCUACGAUCUAUUUCCAACCAAACAUAUUCUCAAUACAAUAUCUCGGUUCAUAACCUCUUGUGGGGUGAUCAUCCCUCCCAACCGACUAGUGGGAGGGGAAGACGAGAUGGUUCACGUGGAAUUUACGUUAGGAGACAUUGUGUUCCAGAAAGUGGAUAAGAUAGAGAUGGAAUUUGACUUCAUGUUGAAGUAUUAUAGUAUAAAUGAUCCAAAUAAACAGAUAUACUUAAAAAUUGAUUCAAAUACUAAAAUUAAAAGUGCGGGGAGGAAUCUUUUUAUCAAAUGGUUCUUAUACGUCAACCAGCCGUACUCCUUGGAUCCGAAGAAGAAGUUUUGGAAGCUUUGUUAUACCCAAAAAGACACGAGCCACGCCCCAUCAGACCAAGACAUCACCAUCCAUCCAUCUUCCUACCAUGGGACAUCUAAAAUAUUGUAUCAGACAUCAGAAGAAUACAACCAGUGUAAUCCCAAUGAGACAAGACCUAAUGAAUCGAUUGAGACAAAACUUCAGUUGAACUACAAAGGAACGCCGAAAAACAACAGAGGCACCAUCGAGAGAUAUGUCGAAGUCGACAUUUUGGGGGAGAAUUUGCAUAAUUUUGACUUGCUGCAUAAUUUGGGCUACGGUGUCAAGACGCCCGUCGCUCAACUAUUGGGAAGCUUCGAUAAGAACAAAAUUAACACUACGUCAGUUAUUAAGGAAAAGGAUGGUAUAGCAUCAAUACGUGUGAAUGGAGGCGUGGAGGUGGAGAUGUACGUGGGAGGUCUGUCCUGGCUGCUCGAUAGCUGGACCGCCAUGCAACUGAUGAGGAGGUUCGGGUUAUACCGUGAAUGUCGUCUUCAAGAGUCGACGGUCCAGAUGUUGUCCGGAUCCGUGGAACAGCUGCAACCCCUGCAGUGUUCGGAAAGCCUCGUCCUUGCGGAUUGCUCUGUAUCUCCAAGGUUCGUUAUUCUCCGGAAACAAGAUGGCGGUAUCCAACUCUACGACGGAGAUUAUCCGUCCAAAAAUGCGACGAGCGUACAUUCUUCUAAAGUGACAGAUUAUAAGUCCAUCUUGGAAGUUGGAACCAAAAUCCUUUCGGAAUCCACGGGUGUAGUGAUGUAUAAGAGAUUAAAUGAAAACGUAAUUCUUUUACCAUCUUCCUACAUGCAUUCCGUGUGUGGAGAAUGCGCUGGUCAUACAACGUAUAACAAUUGUUGAUCUGUGUAAUAUUUAUUACAAUAUUAUUAAGCGAAUUAAUAUUAAAACUAACUGAUAUAUUUUGGAUCUUCGAUUCACAUUUUCGAUUAUAUAAAUAAUAUUAUUUUUAUUUUUUUAUUUGUUUCUGUAAUAAUUCGGAUGCUUUAAUUAAUAAUUACGUAAGAAAAGUUUUAUGAUUGA